AUGGUCUCCACAUGGAUUGCACAGUUACCGCCACCAGGAAGUCAAAAGGGAUCUCUGUGCCCCUUGCUCUGGCACUUCUCUCUUGCUGCUUCUCAGGUGUUGCCUGUCAAGGAAGGCUGCAGUGAGCACCUGACACAAGCAGAGGGCAAACCCUUUAUCUGCACCCCAGAGUCCAAACCAGUCUGCGGCAGUAACGGUUUGCUCUACGACAACAAGUGCCUCUUGUGUGCAGCAGCACGAGAAACUAGAGUCAACAUUGGCAUAAGGGGUAAACAAGAGCGCAAGCCCAAGGUCGAUUGUAACAGGUACCCUCGAGCAAAGGAGCGAGGGCCUUUUUUCUGCCCAAAGGUGUACAAGCCCGUCUGUGGCACAAAUGACAUGACGUACGGCAACAAGUGCCUCUUGUGCUCAGCAAUCUGGGAAACUGGAAUCAACAUUGGCAUGAAGCAUAAAGGAAAAUGUGGGGAAAAGGUCGGCCGCCUGGGCUCGGGGGCAGACAGGGUCUCUAGGCCACCCAGCUCCCAAGCCAGCCAGCCAGCCACGGAGCUGGCCUGGAAAGUUUGA